CCAUUGUGGCUAGAAGUAUUAAAUGCCUGCCUUUCACAGCAAGGUUUACAGUCAUGCCAGGUGAGAUCCAUAUUAGCUGUUAGGGAGCGUUCCUCUCUUUGCAAAACAUCAAGGGGUUUGGGGUAGAGGCACAAAAGAUGAUCUUACAGGCCAGUUCACCAUUCUCCUCUCUGAAACGCCCGCGCUUUCCCUACCGUCUUUGGAGCGGCUUCCUGAUGAGAGCAGUGCCCUUGAGUCUGAGGCUCUCACCUCAGGACUGAGCCACUGCCCCUUUCCCUGCCUGUCCCCUAGCACUUCCCGCCACCCCGUGGUCAUCACACAUCAGAAAGCCCUUGUGAGCCCCAGGGAAGCAGGUACUGGGCUCUGAUUCCACAAGGAGGCUUCUGGGUCUUCCAUUUUACCUGCCUGGAUGGCUCAGGACUUUCCCAUGAUCUGGGGCUAAAGAUUCGGCACCUGAGUUUUAAAACCUUUCUCCGGCCGGGCGCAGUGGCUCACGCCUGUAAUCCCAGCACUUUAGAAGGCUGAGGCGGGCAGAUCACAAGGUCAAGAGAUCAAGAUCAUCCUGGGUAACAUGGUGAAACCCUGUCUCUACUAAAAGUAAAUACAAAAAUUAGUUGGGCGUGGUCGCACAUACCUGUAGUUCCAGCUACUCGGGAGGCUGAGGCAGGAGAAUUGCUUGAACCUGGGAGGCAGAGGGUACAGUGAGCUGAGAUCGUGCCACUGCACUCCAGCCUGGCGCCUGGUGACAGCGAGACUCUGUCUGAAAAAACAAACAAACCUUUCCCCAGCACUUCCCAGAGAUGCUUUCCUGCCCUUCCCUGGCCACUACCUGGGCAGAAGUCAUUAGCACUGCCGAGAAGGGAGGAUGUUGGGUUUCUGUGUCAGCUGGCACUGAGGCCCUUAAUCUGGAUGGGGUUUUCAAACUCCCCACAGCCUUCUCUGCCAGUUCUGUUUCCAGCUGCAUCUGCCCCUGGAUCUCCACAGUUCCUCUGGAGGGAUCAGGCGAACCGCGCAGCUGCCUAAAACCUCACAUUUUGAGGGAAACAGUCAUUCAGUGUCUGUCCUCUGGGCCCGUGUCUCAGACUCUAAGCUGCCAGGGAACCAGGGAUUUCCACGCGUUGGGACUGCCUGGGGGCUUUUAAAAUGCCCCUGCCUGUCCCCCACUCCCAGAGAUGGUGACUUCCUGGGCCUGGGCAUUAGGAGUUUGUAAGACUCCCUGAUGAUUCUUCUGUCCAAGCCAGGCUGAGAACCACUGGUCAGAGAGACCUGGGCACAUCCCAAGGCUCAACCCAGAACCAUGGGUUGCAAGUGAAGAAAUGAGAGGCUGCUGAUUGCCUCACUGAGCGGUGAAGCCUGGGCUUGACCACAGAUUAGGCCAGCUGGACCCAGGGGUGCAGGUGGGAGCAUCUCUGCUUCUCUCUGCUCUGCCCCAUGGGCCCCAGCAGCCUGGGCCCACAUCCUCUCACUCGGAAGCCAGCUCUCACUGGGCUGGCUGGGCUCACAGCUCCACCCUGGAACCAUCCAUGUGGCCUGGAGGGCCCCUCAGGGCUCAGACAGCCAGACCUGGGGUGGUUGAAGGCCAAGAGCCGGGUGCCCUCUGGGAACCACACAGCCAGGAGUGGGAAGGGGUGCUCAGAGUAGGGAAAAGGAAUGGGUAUGAGUGGACAGAACCAUUAUGUCACCCCAGAGAGGCUCUGUCCCCCGCCCCGCUGAGGGGGAGACAGGAGAGCAGCCACAGGUCCAGCAGUGUGAACACAGGGUCUAGGGUCAGGUGCUGGAGCGGGGUCCAGCUCCUCCACUGGCCAGCUGCACACCUGGCUCUCAGGGCCUCCCUCCCCUGGGACAGGGGACAGUACCGCGCAGCGUUGCAGGGAACAGGCCCUCUGUGUGGUGAGCAUGCCAAGAGCUCGGAGAGGGUGGAUUUGCACAUGAGCAACCACCUGUGCAGUGUCCACCCAGCCAGCAAUGUGCUGGACCCAGGAAAGGACUCAGAGCGCUCUGUCACCCACAGGAACAAACUGUCUGGGCCCACAGCCUCUGCUUCUUCCCCUCCUGUCCCCCAAACGCCAGCCCCUGGCCGGCCUGGAGGCGUUUCCAACUGACUGUGGCUGUCAGUCUUCUUUCGGGCCUUGCUCCAGCCAGACUCCCGCCUUGGGCCUCUGCCAUCCCGGCACUGACACCCACAUGCAGAGCUGAGACAAAAGAGAGGGGCCCCCGGGAGUGUCGUCAGCAGCCAAUCCCAGAAGGCAUCUAUGUCAGAUGGUUUCUGGAAAUCGAAACUUGACUGUUUCCUGAAGCAUUUCCUGGGAUCAGCCUGACCACGCUCCAUACUGGGAGAGGCUUCUGGGUCGAAGGACCAGUCUGCAGAGGGCUCCUGGAGCUGGAAGCAAGGAGGCUCCAGCACAGCCAUCACAGCCGCUCCAGCCAGCAGGAUCCAUGCGUCCAGGCAAGGCCAUGGUCCCUCUGAGGCUCUUCUGGAUGUGGCUGCUGGUUGCAGGGACCCAAGCCGUGAACGAUGGUGACAUGCGGCUGGCUGAUGGGGCCACUGCCAAUGAGGGUCGUGUGGAGAUCUUCUACAGAGGCCAGUGGGGCACUGUGUGUGACAGCCUGUGGGAUCUGACUGAUGCCAGCGUCGUCUGCCGGGCCCUGGGCUUUGAGAACGCCACGCAGGCUCUGGGCAGAGCUGCCUUUGGGCAAGGAUCGGGCCCCAUCAUGCUGGAUGAGGUCCAGUGCACGGGAACUGAGCCCUCGCUGGCUGACUGCACAUCUCUGGGCUGGCUGCACAGCAACUGCAGGCACGAGAGGGACGCUGGUGUGGUGUGCACCAACGAAACCAGGAGCACCCACACCCUGGACCUCUCUGGAGAGCUCUCAGAGGCCCUUGGUCAGAUCUUUGACAGCCAGCAGGGCUGCGAUCUGUCCAUCAACGUGAGCGUGCAGGGUGAGGACGCCCUGGGCUUCUGUGGCCACACAGUCAUCCUGACUGCCAACCUGGAGGCCCAGGCCCUGUGGGAGGAGCCGGGCAGCAAUGUCACCAUGCAUGUGGAUGCUGAGUGCGUGCCCAUGGUCAGAGACUUUCUCAGGUACUUCUACUCACGAAGGAUCGACAUCACCCUGUCAUCGGUUAAGUGCUUCCACAAGCUGGCCUCUGCCUAUGGGGCCAAGCAGCUGCAGGGCUACAGCGGAAGCCUCUUUGCCAUCCUCCUCCCCCGGGACCCCUCAUUCCAGAUGCCCCUGGACCUGUAUGCCUACGCAGUGGCCACUGGGGACCCCCUGCUGGAGAAGCUCUGCCUUCAGUUCCUGGCCUGGAACUUCGAGGCCCUGACACAGGCUGAGGCCUGGCCCAGUGUCCCCACAGACCUGCUCCAAUUGCUGCUGCUCAGGAGCGACCUGGCUGUGCCCAGCGAGCUGGCCCUGCUGAAGGCCGUGGACACUUGGAGCUGGGAGGAGCAUGCCUCCCACGAGGAGCUGGAGGGCUUGGUGGAGAAGGUCCGCUUCCCCAUGAUGCUCCCUCAGGAGCUCUUUGAGCUGCAGUUCAACCUGUCCCUGUACUGGAGCCACGAGGCCCUGUUCCAGAAGAAGAGUCUGCAGGCCCUGGAGUUCCACACCGUGCCCUUCCAGUUGCUGGCCCGGUACAAAGGCCUGAACCUCACUGAGGAUGCCUACAAGCCCCGGAUUUACACCUCGCCCACCUGGAGUGCCUCUGUGACGGACAGUCGCUGGAGUGCACGGAAGUCACAGCUGGUCUAUCGGCCCACAGUGGGUUCUUCACUCAAAUACUCUGCUAAUGCCAUCCAAGCCCCCUUCGACUACAGAUACUACUACCCCUACCAGUCCUUCCAGACCCCACAACACCCCAGCUUCCUCUUCCAGGACAAGUGGGUGUCCUGGUCCCUGGUCUACCUCCCCACCAUCCAGAGCUGCUGGAACUAUGGCUUCUCAUGCUCCUCGGACGAGCUGCCUGUCCUGGGCCUCACCAAGUCGGGCCCCUCAGAUAGUACCAUCGCUUACGAAAACAAAGCCCUCAUGCUCUGCGAAGGGCUCUUCGUGGCAGACGUCACUGAUUUCGAGGGUCGGAAGGCCGAGAUUCCCAGCGCCCUGGACACCAACAGCUCCAAGGGCACCUCUUUCUUCCCCUGCCCAGCAGGGCACUUCAGCAGCUUCCGCACAGUCAUCCGCCCCUUCUACCUGACCAACUCCUCGGGCGUGGACUAGAUGGCGUGGGUCAGGGGCCGGCAGGAGCAAGGGUGGUAAGAACCCAAGAAGCCCAGGAUGCCCUCGCUGCAGGCUUCUCUCUUGGCUCCCUUCCUCUCGGCAACAACCUUCAACAACCGGCCACCAGAUGUCCCCCUACUCCCCCGAGAGCUCAGCUUGUAGAAAUUACUGGGAAGCUUCCACAAGUGUGCACCAGGAGUUCUCCCACCAGCCCACCAGUUUCCAGGUUGGGAAGCACCAAGACGCCCUCGAGGUCGAGGUUGCUCUGGGAUUCCCACCCCACCCCCCCACUCAGUUUGCCUUUGUCACUGCUCUGAGAUCAUUACAGUUACACUGUGGUUGCUA